AUGAGCGCGGGUGUGACGGCGUAUGUGGUCAUCGUGAGCGUGUACCUGCUCUCGUACCUGCUCUUCGGCUCCAUCCCACCCACAGGGGUGUUGAUUGCAAUUGCCGGGGUUGUGGGCGUGUGCGGCGCGAGCUACCUGGGGUUCAUGCCGCGCACGGUGUCCAGCUAUGCUGCGUGGUUCCUGCGCCUGCCCCAGGACCUCUACUAUGACCUGAUGUCCAAGCGCCCGUUCAACUUCAACCGGGUGGCCAAGACUGUCGUGGUUGGCCGCGUUCCCCGCACCACGGACGACAUUCAAACGCUCAUUCAGCAAGAGCAAGUGCGGGCUGUGAUUGACAUGACGGAGCCCUGGGAGCAGCGUGUGGAGACCGAUGCCAUCACGCGUAUGGGCCUGGAGCGCAUUAACCUGCCCACCCCAGACUACGGUGCCCCGACAUUUGAAGACCUCAACACCGCCAUCGACUUUAUCCGACGCCACGCCCAACUAAACAACACGGUGUAUGUGCACUGCAACGGGGGCAAAGGGCGUGCGGCCACGGUGGCGGCUGCGUGGCUCAUGUACCGGGAGAGCAUUGCGCCACAGGACGCCCUCAAGCUGCUGCGCACCAAGCGUAAAGUCACCAAACUCGACCGCCUCGGUGGCAUUCUGCCCGUGUGGAAACUCCUCCACCGCUUCCACGCAGCCAUCCUCGACUCAAAGGCCAGGCUAUGA